AGCGGAAACUUGCUGAGCUAGUGCCGGGCACCCUGGCCAACUGGGCCAUCUGUCACUGGAGGCCAGUGGACCAGAGCCUCUGCGCAAAGGAUGCUGGGGCCGAUGAGCAGCGACCCGGAGAGCAUCCCGGUGGCAGCCUGAGAGGGCGGCUUCAGCACGUGGGCAAAGAGGUGCCCGGGAAGCCACUGGGCUGUGAUGGAAACCCCAAAGAAAGCAGCCCGUUCAUCAACAGCACCGACCUGGAGAAGGGGAAGGAAUACGAUGGGAAGAACAUGGCGCUGUUUGAGGAGGAGAUGGACACCAGUCCCAUGGUCUCCUCCCUGCUCAGCGGCCUGGCCAACUACACAAACCUGCCCCAGGGCAGCCGAGAGCACGAAGAGGCGGAGAACAAUGAAGGGGCCAAGAAGAAGCCCGUCAAGGCCACGCGGAUGGGCACCUUCAUGGGCGUCUACCUGCCCUGCCUGCAGAACAUCUUCGGCGUGAUCCUCUUCCUCCGCCUCACCUGGGUGGUGGGCAUCUCGGGCAUCAUGGAGUCCUUCUGCAUGGUUAUACUCUGCUGCUCCUGCACCAUGCUGACGGCCAUCUCCAUGAGCGCCAUCGCCACCAACGGAGUGGUGCCAGCCGGUGGUUCCUACUACAUGAUCUCGCGUUCGCUGGGCCCGGAGUUCGGGGGAGCCGUGGGGCUCUGCUUUUACCUGGGCACCACCUUUGCAGGUGCCAUGUACAUCCUGGGCACCAUAGAGAUUCUGCUGGCCUACAUCUUCCCCCCGAUGGCCAUCUUCAAGGCCGAGGACGCCAGUGGGGAAGCGGCCGCCCUGCUGAACAACAUGAGGGUCUACGGGACGUGUGUCCUCACCUGCAUGGCUACCGUGGUCUUCGUGGGCGUCAAGUACGUGAACAAGUUUGCCCUGGUCUUCCUGGGCUGCGUCAUCCUUUCCAUCCUGGCCAUCUACGCGGGGGUCAUCAAGUCCGCCUUCGACCCCCCCUCCUUUCCGAUUUGCCUCUUGGGCAACCGGACUCUGUCCCGCCACGGCUUUGACGUGUGUACCAAGGUGGUCCAGGUGGGCAACGAGACGAUGGGCUCGGAGCUGUGGGCGCUCUUCUGCUCCUCCCGCUUGCUGAAUGCCACCUGCGACGAGUAUUUCAGCCAGAACAACGUCACGGAGAUUCAGGGCAUCCCUGGAGCGGCUUCCGGUCUCAUCCAAG